AUGCUAGUUGACCACUUCAACAAAAAGAUGGAUGAUGUUUACUAUCCAGGCAAAGAACUUUCUUUGGAUGAGGCUAUGGUUUUGUGGCGCGGUCGGUUGAUUUUCCGACAGUACAUCAAAGGAAAGCGCCACAAGUAUGGCAUCAAACUGUACACUCUUUGUGAACCUGGUGGUCUCAUACUUCGUUUUCUUGUCUACUCAGGAUCUCUCAGUGACUUAGGUGGGAAAGGUCAUGCCACAAAGGUAGUACUACAUCUUAUGAGAGGGAAGCUCAACCAUGGUCACUCGUUGUACAUGGAUAAUUUUUACAAUAGCUUUCCUUUGGCCUACCAACUGCUUAGGAAGAAGACGUAUUGUACUGGCACACUUAGAGCAGACAGAAAGUACCUGCCAGAUGAGGUAAAAUCAGCCAAAGUAAAAAAAGGUGAGACAAUUGCUCGGAGUGCAGAACAAGUCACUGUUGCCAAGUGGAAGGACAAGCGUGUAGUGACAUACAUCACUACAGAGUUUGAAAACAACAUGGUUGAAUCACGGAAUCGCCAUGGAGUAGCUAGAGUAAAACCCCUGCCCAUUGUGAAAUAUAACACAUUUAUGAAGGGAGUGGAUAGGGCAGAUCAAAUGCUAGCGUACUAUCCAUGCGAAAGAAAAACGCUGAGGUGGUACAAAAAGAUCUUUGUACACAUAAUGCAGAUGGCACUGGUGAACGCCUUGAAGCUGUACAACCUUUCCAAUCCCCAAGAAACAAUGAAUCUUUAUGACUUCAGGCUAGCUGUCAUCGAAUCCCUUGUCCCUGAGAAAGAGCUACAAGCCCCAGAACGUCCUCGCCGAAGCAAUGAGAAGGCACUGCACGUUGUCUCCUUGAUUGAAGGGAAGGACAACAGGAAUCGGCAGAAGAGAAAACGUUGCAGAGUCUGCCACAGUGAAGGAAGAGAAAAACGUACUGCAUACUUUUGUGCACAGUGCCCAGGAGAACCUUCACUCUGUCCUGUGGCAUGCUUUGAAAAACACCAUGCUUAG